AUGGCUUAUUAUGAGGAGCACGGAGGUGACGGCCAGUUUGGGAGGUUUAACAAGAACUUCGAAGGUCCAGUCGGACCGCGACGGCCACGACUCGUCACGGAUUAUGGCUCGUCGAUGGUCCAAUGGAUGCGCACUCGGCAGCCGCGCUACAAGGGCAGCCACCGAUUAGAGACUGAGCGACCGAGCGCCAGCUUCGCGGUUGAUGUUCUUCCCCCGAUGGCGCGACCCUACUCUGCCGUCGAUACGAUCCCUGUGCGACACCUACACCAAUCUAUCGGAAAAUCAAAGAAGCCCAUUGUUGUGGUGCGAUGGACUCCGGAGGGAAGGCGACUGUUGACCGGUGGCCAUACCGGAGAGUUUAUGCUAUGGAAUGGAACGGCCUUUAACUUUGAGACAGUCAUGGAUGCUCACUACGAUCAAAUACAAGCUGGCGUGACGUCGCUCGCAUGGGCUCAUAGCCAAGAUUGGCUGAUUUCUGGUGGUCAACGAGGCGAUAUCAAGUACUGGCGACCGAACUUCAACAACGUUGAAACGAUCGAUGAUGCGCACCACGAUGCUGUACGCGAUCUGGCGUGGGCGCCUAGCGAUACGAAGUUCCUUUCAGCGUCCGACGACACAACCCUCAAGAUCUUUGACUUUACGACCCGUACAGCUGACACGACGCUCACUGGUCAUAACUGGGAUGUCAAGUCUUGUGACUGGCACCCGACGAAGGGUCUCCUUGUUUCCGGUUCUAAGGACCACCAGGUCAAAUUCUGGGAUCCGCGCACCGCUCGCUGUUUGACGACACUCCACAGCCACAAGAACACUGUUACCUCCACACGCUUCUCGCGGGUCAACAGCAAUCUCCUUGCUACCUCAUCUCGUGACCAGACGUCGCGGGUUUUCGAUUUGCGGAUGAUGCGUGAUAUUUGCAUUCUACGGGGCCACGAGAAGCCGGUUUCUUCCUUGACAUGGCACCCCAUUCAUAGUAAUCUCAUCUCGACUGGUGCUGAAGAUGGAUCGCUCUACCACUAUCUGCUCGAUGAGCCUAACCUGCCCAGUGGUGUUAUCCCCACUGUGGCACCUUACGACAGUCCAGACCCGGCGAACACACCCGCCCAAGUGAUCUACCCAGCACAUAAGAUUCAGUACGCACACGGUGCUACGAUUUGGUCAUUAGACUGGCACCCUCUUGGUCACAUUCUGGCCUCGGGAUCUAAAGAUAACUUUACUCGAUUCUGGUCUCGCACUCGACCCGGUGAGACUAGUUACAUGAAAGACCGAUUCCACAUCGGCGAAGAGGCCGCUGAAGCUCAGGGUACAUGGAACCGCGGCUUCGGUCGGAAACAGAUGCGCGAAGAAGAGGAGCAAGAGAUGCAGGACGAAGCUGAUAGCCUCGUUGACCAGCGAGGACCUGGCGGUCCUGCUCUACCGGGUAUUCAAAGUGCGCCCGGCGGCCAGCCUGAUGGUCCAGGUCUGCUCCCCGGUAUUGGCGGAGCCCAACCCCCUCCACCCGGCGCUAUGGGUGGGAUGGAUCCUGGCCGGUUGGCCGCAAUCAUGUCCACUCAACAGCCGCCUUCGCAGUCCAACACUCCCAACCAGCAAAUGCCUUUCCCUCCCCCGCCAGGUAUGCCACCGGGUAUGCCUCAGAAUAUGCCUCAGGGUAUGCCUCAAGGACUGCCACAGAUGGAUUUGGUACAGUUACAGAAGCAGCUUCAAGGUUUCCCUAUGCCACCCAAUCUCAACCUCCAGGCCAUGGCACAGAACCCUGGUUUCCCUGGAUUCGGCGGUCUGCCUGGUUUGCAGGGCGGCGGCAUGCCCGAUGCAAAUCGGAGGCAGUGA